AAAUGUAUUUUAUUUGGUAAUUUCAUGCAAGUAUUUGUUAACUUUAUUUUUGUUUCAAAACCCAUGUAAAUUGGAGAGGAACAUAGUUUGUUUCCGGUUUGGUCACAUUGUUGGGGGGACAAUUAAUAUGUGACGGAAUAAGGGAAGCAGCAUGAGACAGCAAACAUUUGAUGGAAGAGAUUAAUGGAGUCUGGGCUGGAAAAUAAACUUUAUUCCCUCUGAGUUUGUGAGGCCAAUGAGUUCUGACGGCAUUUGUUUGGCAUUUUUUGGCAUCAUUUGGGAGGAGAAGAAGGCAUGGCUGAAAUAAAUGUCUGUUUGAGAAAAACGAACAACUUGACCCUUGAUUAAGACCUCGGAGGGAGUAACAGUCAGAACUCAGCCUACAUCGCGCUGAAGAGAGAGAGAGAGAGAGAGAGAGAGAGAGAGAGAGGAGAGGAGCAUGUCGCAGCAGCGGAGCUGUUAACGAGCACCCCUUUGAGUGACAUCGCUCUCAAUCUUCAAAGGAAGCUGCAUGCACGGACAUUCCAGAAGCAAUCAGGUCCAACGGUGCAGCGUGGUUAACUCAACAACAAGUAACAUGUUUAAAACAAGUUAAAUGUGAAUGUUGGUUUAACCUGCUAACUGAAAGGGACUUUCUAAAUGCUAAAACGGGGAUAUCCUGCUGUGGUGUGAAGUAAUUAUUUAAGUUAAGGAAGUGCUUGUAUGAUACAAGGUGAUUAUCAUUGCAAAGCUUAUCUUAAGGGAAUUGCUUGUUUUGUUUUUUGACAAUUUAAAAGAGCACAUCAAGGUAUUUAAAAGGCAAAUUUAUAAUUUUAUAACAAGUGGAAGAAGAUAAACUUUAACUAAAAUUAAUUUCAUAAUACACAAACUUUAUUUUGAAAGAAAAAGCAAACGUAAACAUAUCUAAGUUGACAGGUAGCCUUCAUUUUAAAUUUGUAUUCAACUACAGUUAAUACAUUUUCAUCCAAACUUUUAAGUUGGCUAAUAUUCAAACCAAAUUGAGCUAAAACACAAAAUUAAUAGGCUAGCAACAUGUCUGACCAAGAAUACACUGACACUAGAAAUGCUGUGGUGUUGCUGCAAGAAGAUCCUGAAGAAGUUGCGACCAAGUCAAACAGUGAAAGAAGAGGGGUUAAGAAAAAGUACAAGACCCAGAAAACUCACUGAAAAAGGCCAAGGGUUUCAUGAGGAAAUGGUGAGCAAGCUUCAAGCUCGAUUUAACGGCAGUUAUGAAAAAUGGAAAUCUACUGCAAAACAAGCAAAAAGAGCAAUUGAUGCAUCUGACAUAGCAAGCUUGCACGGUCACAUUGCUCGGAUACACGGAACUUCUGGUGAAGUCAUGAAAGCAUAUGAAGAACUACGUAGUCACAAAACUCCUGAUGGAAACACUCGCCGCAGAGUUGACACAUGUGAUGCAGUUUCUCGGAAGGUUUUCCAACAAGCACAAGAGAAUCUUACAGCAGAAGAAGAUGAGCGAGAUCAACACAAGAGGUAAUUUCACUGUAGUGAAACUAACUCAGCGUUUAUUUUAGCAUCCUCGCAAAGAUCCAAAAACUCAAGUAGUCGACGUUCAAGUCAGCUGUCUGCAAAAAGGCAAGACGCAGCAGCAGAAGUAGCUGCAGCUAAAGCCACUCUGUUGGUCUUACAAGAAAUGGAACGUGGCCAAAGUGAACUCGAAAUGCUUGAGAAAGAAAUGGAAUGAAAGAAGAGGGAGCUUGAACGCUUGGAAACGGUAAGGCAAAUGAAUGCUGCAAAAGCGCGACUGGAAGUGUAUGAACAAGAAGGCAACUCAGAUGAGGAAUCGUCAGAUCUUUUGCAUGGAGGGAGCACACCAAGAAAGCUACCAUCCAAGCAAGUAAGACAGUCUGAAAUGAAAAUUGAAUCCUCAGGUUUCAAUCCAUAUGCACAACCAUUCAUGCCAAAAGACAACACAAGAGGGCAACCUACUAGUCAUGAAACACCAGAAAAUGGUAUAACAGCAGUAGCUAGAGCCUUGGCAGAGUCCAUCAACAUUAGCCGUUUACCGGUUCCAGAGCCUGCAGUUUUCAAUGGAGAUCCCAUUAAGUACAAGGACUGGAAAAUGUCUUUUCAAUUACUAAUUGAAAGAAAGAACAUCCCAAUGGCUGAAAAGAUCUACUACCUCCGAAAGUAUGUUGGUGGUCCUGCAAGAAAGGCAGUUGGAAGCUACUUUUUGCUUGGAACAGAAAUGGCGUACAGUACAGCUUGGAACACUCUGGAAGAAAGAUAUGGUAGUCCAUUUGUAAUCGCCAAAGCUUUCAGAGAUAAGCUUUCAGCCUGGCCAAGAAUUGGAACCAAGGAUAAUGUGGAACUAAGAGAGUUCUUAGACUUUCCCAAAGGUUACGGAGUGGCAAUGCUACAAAUAAAGAGUCUUCAAAUUCUAAAUGACUGCCAUGAGAACCAGAGAAUGCUCAGCAAGCUUCCUGAUUGGCUUACGGAAAGAUGGAAUCGUAAAGUAGUUGAGAUUGAAGAUCAAUGUGGUUCAUUUCCUACAUUUAGCCAUUUUGUCAACUUUGUAGAAAAGGAAGCUAGGAUCGCGUGCAACCCAGUGACAUCUCUGAGUGCUCUCAAGGCAAAUGACUCAGAAAAAGAGAAAGCGAAAACUCCAAAAAUUCGGAAUGUUGGAGCAAGGAUGUUGACAAGCAGUACAGAAGAAAAAACCGAUACACUAAAGUGUGAAUUCUGUGAAAGAUCAAAUCACAACAUUCUGACAUGUCAAAAGUUCAUGAAGAAGGAGAACGCUGCAAAAGUGCAAUUUGUAAAAGACAAGGGAUUGUGUUUCAGUUGUCUUAAUUUUGGACACAUCUCCAAGAAAUGUGAAAAGAAAAGUAUCUGCAACAAAUGCAAGGGGAAACACCCAACAUGUUUACAUGAAGAACGAGACAAAGAGUCAAGAAAGAAUAAGGACAUUGAAAGGGAAUCAAAGGGGACAAAUGAGUCUAAGGAAACCAAACAAACUAAUGAACCAAGUCAAGAAACACCAAAUGAGGCUAUCUCAAACCGUGUUAUCAAAAGUGACAAAACUGACCUCACAUCUACAAUUGUUCCAGUGUGGUUGUCCACAACAAGUAAUCCAGAAAAAGAAAUACUGGUUUACGCUCUUUUAGACAGUCAGAGUGACACAACGUUUGUUCUGCAAGAAAAAGCAGAUGUUCUGGACACAGACAAGAAAAAUGUGCAGUUAAAGCUCUCCACACUGUCAUCCAAAGACACAGUCAUUCCUAGUCAAAAGCUGACAGGUCUACAAGUCAGAGGCUUCUACUCGUCAAAGAGAAUCCAUCUUCCUGUGACAUAUACAAGAGAGUUCAUCCCUGUCAAUCUAAGUCACAUUCCCACUCCUAACGCAGCAAGAGCAUGGCCUCACUUAGAGCACCUUGCUGAUGAAAUCGCCCCUCUAAUUGAAUGCGAUGUUGGUCUGCUAAUAGGUUACAACUGUUCACAAGCUCUGGUACCAAAAGUAGUCAUGUCAGGAAGAAACAAUGAGCCCUUUGCUCAAAAAACAGAUCUUGGCUGGACCAUAGUUGGAGGACUUGAUCCAAGUGUUGACUAUGGGCAUGCAAUUGGAUGCAGCCACAGGAUUGUUGUCAAAGAAGUGACACCCAAUUCCCCAUCUGAUCAAUUGUUGAAGGAAGUGCACUAUAUUUGUCAUACCCAAGUCAAAUAAAUAAUUACACCAUUGGAUGUGAUUAAAGUGCUUGAGUCUGAUUUCAACGAAAGGAAACUGGGAGACUCACAUUUCUCCCAAGAAGACUUGCGGUUCAGUUCAAUAAUGGAAAGGGGAGUGAAAAUGCACGAAAAUGGUCAUUGUGAACUACCUUUGCCGUUCAAACAAGACAGACCAAACUUACAGAACAACAAGAAAUGUGCAGAACAUCGAGUCAAGUGUCUGAAGAAAAGAUUUGAAAGACACAAAAGAUAUCACAAGGACUACACAAAGUUCAUGAAUGAAACAAUAGAGUGCAGAGAUGCAGAAAAGAUGCCUCCUGGAGAACUAGACAAGGGUCUUGCCUACUACAUUCCACAUCAUAGGGUGUACAACCCCCAAAAGCCUGGAAAAAUAAGAGUGGUUUUCGAUUGUUUGGCGAAGUAUGAAGGAAUUUCGUUGUAUGAUUACUUAUUGACCGGACCAGAAUUGACCAACACGCUGGUGGGAGUCUUGUGCAAAUUUCGGAAAGUCCCAGGAGCAAUCCAUUGCUCUAUUGUAUUCGCGAAAUCCAGAGUAACACCUACCAAAGUCACUACAGUACCAAGGUUGGACCUGUCUGCAGCAGUGCGUACAAGUGGCAUGCUCAAUGCAGAGUUGGAGCUGAAUGUCGAAGAAUUCUUCUGGACCGAUUCAAAAGUUGUCUUGGGAUAUGUCAACAAUGAAGCAAGAGGCUUUCAUGUGUUUGUAGCAAACCGCAUCCAACAAAUCAGAGAGAGUACCAUCCCCACACAGUGGAAGUAUGUGGCAUCAGAGGACAAUCCUGCAGACCGUGCGUUGCAUGGACUCAAGGCCAAAGAUAUCAUCGCCUCAAACUGGUUCAGUGGGCCAAGUCUUCUAUGGCAAGAAGAGCUGUCCGGUGGGGAGUACAAGGUGGGAGAACUUGACCCAGGAGACUCAGAGGUACGCAGACUCAAGGUGGUUUCUCUGGAAGAACGUUUUGAGAAGUUCUUCAGCUGGUCGAGAUUAGUCAAAGCUAUGACAAGGCUCACCAGAUUUGUGAAGGAAAUGCAAGAGAUGGCGUAGAGUGCAAUAUCUCGCUAAUGAGUUCUGGUGCAGAUGGAGAAAGGAAUACUUGUUGAACCUACAGCAAAGACAAAAAUGGCAGAAGACAAGAAGGAAUGCCAAAGUCAAUGAUAUAGUGCUCAUACAAGAUGACACAGCACCAGGAAACAAUUGGAAACUCGCUAUAGUCACUGCAGUGUACCCAAGUGAAGAUGGAUGUGUGCGCAAAGUGCAGUUUCUAAUCAGUGACUCUACAUUAGAUGACCAUGGCACACGACUUAACAAGAGGACACACUUGGACAGACCUAUCCACAAGACAGUUACACUGUUAGGAGCAGAAUAGACCCACACUAAUCUGAAAAAAGAAAAACACAUUAGAUUUGGUGGGAGUGUAGCUGCUGACUGAAGCACAUUGUAUAUCCAUCCAUCCAUUUUCUACCGCUUAUUCCCUUUUGGGGUCGCGGGGGGCGCUGGCGCCUAUCUCAGCUACAAUCGGGCGGAAGGCGGGGUACACCCUGGACAAGUCGCCACCUCAUCGCAGGGCCAACACAGAUUGACAGACAACAUUCACACUCACAUUCACACACUAGGGCCAAUUUAGUGUUGCCAAUCAACCUAUCCCCAGGUGCAUGUCUUUGGAAGUGGGAGGAAGUACCCGGAGGGAACCCACGCAUUCACGGGGAGAACAUGCAAACUCCACACAGAAAGAUCCCGAGCCUGGAUUUGAACCCAGGACUGCAGGACCUACGUAUUGUGAGGCAGACGCACUAACCCCUCUGCCACCGUGAAGCCCGCACAUUAUAUAAAUGUUAUAUAAUUUCCUAGUUGGUUAUAAUAAAUAAAUACAAUGUAUAAAUAUUCAGUUCAUAUUUACAUAUAAUGUGAUUAAAAAUGUAUUUUAUUUGGUAAUUUCAUGCAAGUAUUUGUUAACUUUAUUUUUGUUACAAAACCCAUGUAAAUUGGAGAGGAACAUAUUUUGUUUCCGGUUUGGUCACAUUGUUGGGGGGACAAUUAAUAUGUGACGGAAUAAGGGAAGCAGCAUGAGACAGCAAACAUUUGAUGGAAGAGGUUAAUGGAGUCUGGGCUGGAAAAGAAACUUUACUCCCUCUGAGUUUGUGAGGCCAAUGAGGUAUGAUUCUUUGUCGUAAUGCAUGUGAAAUCUAUGUGUUUUCCUUUAUUUGAUGUCAGACUAAUUGUAAGUUCUGUUUUUCUUAUUCAUUAGUUCUGACGGCAUUUGUUCGGCAUUUUUUGGCAUCAUUUAGGAGGAGAAGAAGGCGUGGCUGAAAUAAAUGUCUGUUUGAGAAAAACGAACUUGAGCCUUGAUUAAGACCUCGGAGGGAGUAACAGUCACAUUAGUGCCAAAAAUCGCAGAUUGGAAAUUAGUUGAAGUGGAGAAUCAGUGCGCGAUAACAGUUUUUAUGCGCUUGGAUUUUUGGCACUAAUGUGACGCCAUACAUGUACUAUUUAAAUAACCAUAACUUGCUCAAUUUUCAACAAAUUUCCAAAUGGUUCGAUUUGUUAUAAAUGUCAGAGUAUUGUAUGCAUAUGUAUAUUUAAAUAGUACAUGUACCAUUGACAUCAAUAAAAUGAUGGGGACCAGCUGUCCGAGGUAAGAUGGCCGCUACGCUGGAGAAACAUCCAUCCAUCCAUCCAUUUUCUACCGCUUAUUCCCUUUCGGGGUCGCGGGGGGCGCUGG